UCAGUGCUAGUACGGUUUGCGCCUUAAGCGCCGCCGGGGCCUGAGGAAUGUCAACUAUUCAACAUGGAGGAGGAGGUCGAUAAGCUGGAAUUGAUGUUCCAGAAAGCUGAUUCUGAUCUGGAUUACAUUCAAUACAGGCUGGAAUAUGAAAUCAAGACUAAUCAUCCUGAUUCAGCAGGCGAGAAAAAUCCAGUUACCCUCUUACAGGAAUUGUCAGCAAUAAAGUCCCGAUAUCAAACUUUGCAGGCACGCUUUAAGCCAAUUGCUGAUGAGCAGAAAGAGAUUAAGAGCCGCAUUUGUGCUACUUUCAAUAAGACUAUGACCAUGAUACAAGAACUACAAAAGCAAACAGACCUGGAGCUGUCACCACUGACUGAAGAAGAGAAAACUGCAGUACAGCAAUUAAAAUCUCACAUGUCAGAUUUAUGAAGAAAUGGACUUGCAAAAGGGAACUCUGGUGGAGAAGAGAUCAAUUCCAGAGAGAUUUAGGAAGAUGUCUUGUUAGCAUAUGGUAACUAGAGGUGCGGUAUGGUGAAAGAGAAAAUUUGGCCUGGGUGACUGGAUAGUGAUGCCUUUCACAAGAGGGAAAUAUAAGGACAGAUAUGAAUAAAUUUCAGUCAAAAGGAUGGAAUGGGAAAAGGAUUUAAAUAUAUAUGCACACUUAGUUUUGCAAUUUCAGGCAAGAAAGUCUUAACAUUAUUUUGCAUCUGUUUUUGUAUAAUCAGGAUAACAAAGAUGUUCUAUCAUAAAAGAAUGAUUAUAGGGCGAGCUCAAACGCUUCUUCGAGGCCGAGGGUGGGUGCGACUCCUCGCCCGCA